CGAGGUCGCCGUCUCCUCCUCUCCUCCCGCCGGCGGCGGAGAUGAGCGGUGGCGCGAGGAGGGUGCUCGAGGCGUGGAAGCUCGGAGUGGUCAAGUACGGCGACGCCCUCAGGCUACAGGAGAAGCUCGUCGCCGAAAGGAGGGCCGGCCGGGUAUCCGACCUCGUGCUGUCGCUGCAGCACCCGCCCACCUACACCCUCGGCAAGCGGCGCACCGACCACAACCUGCUCCUGCCGGAGGCCGAGCUGAGAGCACUCGGCGCCGACGUCCACCGCACGGAGCGGGGCGGCGACGUCACCUUCCACGGCCCGCGGCAGGCCGUGCUCUACCCCAUCCUCUCUCUUCGGGCCGUCGGGCUCGGUGCGCGGAGGUACGUGGAGGGCCUCGAGUCCGCCAUGAUCGAGGUGGCGGCGCUGUACGGCGUCCAGGCGCGGCCGGGGGCCGCCGGCGAGACUGGCGUGUGGGUCGGGGACAGGAAGAUUGGUGCCAUCGGGGUCAGGAUUUCGUCAGGGUUUACUUGCCAUGGGCUGGCCUUCAACAUCGAUCCUGAUUUGGGUUACUUCAAGAACAUUGUGCCCUGCGGCAUCGCCGACAAGGAGGUCACCUCUCUGCGGCGAGAGGCGGCAUUGGAGCUCCCUCCCGAUGAGGUGAUCCAUGAUCAGCUCGUGCAGAGCUUAGCAAGAACAUUCUGUUUCAGCGAUGUAGAAGUCAAGGAUGAGACCGAGUGCGCCGACAUGGUCUGCUUAGCUGCAGCCACACAAUCGUGAUUUGUGUUUUAUCAUGUAUACUUUAGAGCACUUCAGAACGUCUUGCCAUCGAGUUUGGAAAUAACAUUAGAAAAUUUUGGUCUGAUUUUGUUCAUUGCAAAUGAAGGUGACCUCCAAUUUGGAGCAUAAAUGAAGAAUAAAUGAUGCUGCAAGCUUUGUCUUUCA